AUGUCGCUCUACCACCAGAGUUACUAUGCCCAACCUGCCUAUUCUACCCUUGCUUUCUCUCCUCCAGUCGUUGGGUACGGUGGACCAACAUAUCCUUAUCCUUCGCCAUUUCCGCCACCAUCAGUCCACCAUGUUGAUCCAGUGUCUUUCCGCAAGGAAUUCACAAAUCGUCUUGCUGAAUUAUCGGUCAAUUCUCGUCCUAUCAUCCAGGGACUUUCUAUACUCGCACACGAGUACACCCGCUUUGCAGAUAUCGUCGCCCAGUGUCUCGAGAACCACAUUCGAAGGCUGCCACUCGCCAUCGCUGUGACCUAUACCUCACGGUUGUUCGCCUACUAUAUGUGCGGUGUCGCUGUCAUGCGAUAUCGCACGAUUUCCGUGCCUCCAUGGAUGAAGCUCCCGGCCUUUUAUCUCCUCGACAUGAUCUCCAAGAACAUUUACGAUCCCUAUGCUCGCCACUUCGCCGCCUUCGUCGUCCCGUUGUUUCUAGAGACAUAUGGUGAAGUUGACCCACCGACGCGUAGCAAGAUGGAAGAACUCGUUCUCACUUGGCGCUCCGGAUCUCCCUCCGGCAAAGAACUGUUUGGUGUAUCUUCGCAAGUGUCAAUAGAGCGCGGAAUAUGGGGCGAUGGAGCGACGAGCAGCAGCUCUACGAGUUUCCGUGGUCCGACGCAAAUAACGAAGUCGCAAGUCUUGAGCGAACUGGAAUUUACUCUUGGUCAGAAGGAGCGUGCGCGGCAAGCAAACCCUUACGAUCCUGCCAAUCAACAACAUAUAGUUGUUCUUCAGCAACUUCGGAAGCUUGUUGAAACCGGUGUCUCCCAGCAAGAGCUUCAGCAGAUCCUUGGUCAACUGCGAGUUCUUAGUCAAAGUACGAGCCCUCCUCCGCCUCCGGUUGCCCAGUGGCCUGUUCAAAGCGGCUUCUCUGGUCCCAGCCAGUCAUAUCCUCCGUCGACGGCACCACCAGCACCUGCGGAUAUAAUGCCUGUCUUUCCACCCUUAGACGUUGCAGAGCCUAAGUCUUCUGUUCUAUCCGUAGCGUCUAUGUCGACGCCUGUAGCCAAUACAAACAUAGCUCCUGCAAACUAUGCCGACCUUCUAUCAUCCUUACUCAAAGCUGGUGUCGUUUCGAACACAGGUACGCCACUAGGAGCCGGUACAACUGCCCAAGAAGCCAAGGCAGAGACUGAUAAUACCCGACGCCAAACGGAACGUUUGUAUCGAGAGUCGGUCCUUGCAUAUGACGUUCAGUUAAGCACCAACGGGAUAACAAAAAUGCAUUCGCCAAUUCGUGAUCUGUUGUACUCGAAGUUGUCCGCGCAGUGUAAACAAUGUGGAAUUCGCUUUGCUGAUAUUCCUGCGGGGAAAGAAUCAUUGCAGUCGCAUUUAGACAUGCAUUUUAGACAGAAUCGUAAAGCAAAUCAGAAUUUGGGUCGUGGUCACAGUAGAAGCUGGUUUGUUGCAGUGGAGGAUUGGAUACAUGAUACGACUGAUAUUAAGGGCAAAGGUCAUAGACGCUUGAACCCGACUGCUGCCGCUGCAGCUGAGAAACUUCAACGGGAAGCUGAACUACGACAACAAUUUGUUGUUGUACCUCCUGGGGAUGAGGCGAAAAUAAUUACCUGUCCGAUUUGUAAGGAAAGUUUGAAAUCUGAAUUUUUGGAGGACGACGAGGAGUGGGUGUGGAAGAACGCUGUGAUGAAAGAGGGUAGGGUGUACCAUGCGACAUGCCGCGCAGAAACACUAUCUUCAAACAGUCUUGCAGCGAGGUUACGCACUGAGUUGGCGGUUAAGUUGCGUAGUCGUUCCGGGACUCCUGAAGCCCAAGCCCGGGCGUCGACGCCACCAUCACAAAGUUCUACUCCCGUGUCGAAACUCGCGGGUUCAAAACGUAAGGUCGACGAGACACUGUCGACGACAGGUAACAACGAAGCCGAGGGUUCUCCACCUGCGAAGAAACUCGCCUCAACUGUGAUAUAA